ACAUUCCCAGAAGAGAGUCUCACACACAUUUAUGUCAGCUCCCUGUUUUACUUUGUGAAUUAGUGGAUUAAACUGAACCACUUAUCAAGUAAAUCCAGGCAUGAUCAGGUGGCAUUGUGUUAGAGCGGUGUUGAAGUGUGUGAUGAGCCAUGGAACGGUGCAGGAGGCCAAUCACUAGCCAAGCCAGCAGCCGCACAAGCACCAGCACCAGGAGAAGCAGUUGCCCAGGAAGGCUCCUCAUCAUGCAGCUGGGCUAUCACUAGCACCGGGUGGACCCAGCCCUCUCCUCUUCACCUGGGGCUAGGGCUGCAGAAUGCUCAGUCCUGUCACCCCAUACAGACUGUUGAAGAUGCACUGGUCUCCGGAGCAAACCACCCCCUUAUCUCAGUGGCCUGAGCAACACCUAGAUGUCACCUCUACCACCUCGCCCCCAUCUGCCCACAAACACGACCCCUAUGCUACAGCUGCACGUCGCAGUUAUGCCCCUGCAGGUUACCCUUGGGCCAGCGAUGACAUAUCAGCCCUUACUGCUUCCUCUUUGCUCAAACGAUACGCUGAAAAGUAUUCAGGCCUGGAGCUGUCCUAUGAACGUCCUGCUUUAGGGGCCUACUCCGAGCCUGGAACUUUCCUGAAAACUGAAUCUGAGCCCUGGGCUCUGGGCCAGAGCAUGGAGUGUUACCCUGGACUGGAGGCAUUGACUGGCACCAAGGUGGGCUCUGCCCCCGUGGGAAUCCCAACCACAGGAAGUGUGACAGUAGUGAGCAGCAACGUGACCUCUGAGCCAGGCUACAGUGGCGCUGGCUCCUGCAGUGCCCCAUCAUCUCAGGAAUAUCCUCCUGCCUACAACAGCACCUACCUGACCUCAGGAUACUGCCCACAGCCCAGUGCAGCACUUCCCCCUGCCCCUCUGCACUCUUUGCAGGCCACACCCACUCUAAUGCCCAGCUACAGUGCCAGUGCUCCUGCCUACAACUACCCUCCAGGGUGCUACCCCCAGACCAGCCUGUCAUCUGGAUACAGUCACCCCAGUGCCUCCUACUUGCCCUCUGGGAUUAGUGUCCCAACUCCUCUGACUCCUAGGCCAACCAUGUUGGGGGGCAGUUACAACUACCCAUCUCACACCCUUGGAGGGAGCUCUGAGGCAGGGGCACCACUGAAACGCAAGGCCUUUGAGAUGGCAGAGGAAGAACAGGAGGGAGCAGAGGUGGAGGGAUCACGCUACAGAAAGUAUGGUAACGGCCAUGGAAACAGUCACAGCAAAGGCCACAGCAACGGGCAUGGCAACGGUUAUGAUUUGAGUGGUUCCAGCUCAGAGCCACAUGGCUACAAACCUGGAAAGCCUCUCAUGUCGCCCCCUUAUGGUGCAGCAGGGGAAUACAGCCCACCAUCAGGCCUUGCAGGGGAGAGUGUAUCAGGGGAGCACAACUUUCCUCAGCAGCAGAGAAUCUCAAUGAAGAUACCCGCAUCACACACACUAUCUGAGGACCCUGCUGGAGGCCACUGACAGCCACAGUCUGCAAUUGAGAGAAUUCCCUUACUCUCUAAAACCAGCCAGGGUUCUUACUCAAGACAGACUUGGAAGAGUAGCAUUAGAUUUGUUAGUGAAAGGUUGAUUUCACUUCCAAACACAAGAUGGCACAAGACUGGUGUUUCUCGUGCAUCUUUUCGUUAUUCGUGUUAUUCCAAAGAUUCAAAGGAGCAUUUCACCCUGUAAAGCUGAGGUAAAUCUGAGGGGUGAGGUUGGGACAUUCUCUACAUAGAUAGCGUUAAGACAGUCUAAAUGGAUGAGUAGCUGUUUCUCUCAGGAUCCUAUUUAUUUCCUUUCUGCUACUGGGGCAGCAGUACUGCAGUGUUGCUGAUUGUUGGUGUAAUUAUCUAAGGCCAUUAAAAGGCCUUUGACCGCAAUAUGUUCUACCACACCACAAAAAUCAUUUCUGACCAAAAAGUAAGGGGAGCAAUAACUGAAAUGGUGAGACUGCCAUACUCUUUCAGCACAAUCACUGCUGCAUCACAUA